CAAAAUAUUUCCAAAAAGAUUUGAUACACUCGUAACUUAAAAAAUGGAAAGGUGUCAUCAAAAAAAAAUUAUAAGUGCUAAUUUUCGUGACAAUUUAAUCAUAUAAAUAUUAUUGAAACAUUUUAUAAAAUUAUAAUUUGAUAUUUUUUAUAAUAAGUAUUUUCCCAUUAUGAACAUGUCAAAGUUGAGCGAUGAAUAUUACGAGAGGAAUUGUUUCCUCAAAACUGAAACAGUGCCGACGCAAAGCGUGAUGAAGAAGAGAAUGACGCCGGCCCUCGCUAAAGUUUAUUUCAAUUCUAUGAGGCCCAAGCUGAAAGUGUUAGCCGGCCUCGCGCCCCCCAUGAAAGGCGGAGGCAACGACUGGUUCAUACCACCAGAGGAACUGCUCAAAGGCAGAGUGGUCAUGAAACCCAUGAAAAAAGAAUUUCUCUCUAAAUUAGGUUUCGACGGCAUCGCACAUUUUGGGGAAAAAAUCGUUGCAGACCACAAUAGACGAAUGGCAGAAUACAAGAAAAAGAAACUUCAAGAAAGUGACGAGUAUUGGAAGAAUACCAUUGAUGCGAAAUGUCGUCAAGAAAAAGAGGAGUGUGAAAUGAAUGCAGCUCGAGAGAACACGAAGAAGAUCGAGCUCGCGUUCCAUCAGUAUUGUUUCAUGUACAGCACGUCUCUAACUAAACUGGAAGACUUGCUAUUCACCGCCGCCAUCAGGGACAUAAAGCGAGUGAAAGCAGAGGCUUUGCAAUACAUGCGGACGCGCUAUGAAACCAUGCUGAAACAACAAGCAACCACCCUUUACGAUUAUUACACCGAACGACUGAUGAAUGAAAAGGACAGAUUGAAAUCAGAAUUUAUACGCAACUUGGAAGAAGCCCGGACCAACUUGGGGCAUCAAAUACAUGACAUCAACGUCGAAAAACAUUUGGCAAUUGAAAAACUGAGAAACCUUCUUGAAUGCCAAAACUUGGCUUGUCAGGUUUACGUAGCUUUGAAAGAGCGAGAAGUGUGUGCGAAAGAAAUACAAGAAUUGAAACAGAUACAUACAAAAGAAACACGACGUCUUAAAGAGCAAAUGGCGGUUAAAGAUUUUGAAAUACAAUUAGCAAGGGAGAAGGAACAAAAGCGCCUAGAAUUCCAAAAUAUAUGGUACAAAAAAAUAUGUGAAGUGGUAAAGAAAUUCCAGCUGUUCGUGUCCUACAGCUUGAAAGAAUUGCCAGAAUAUGCAGAUUUCUUUAUCAACACAGAGAAACUGCUGUUGAUGCAAUUCAAUGAAAUUGUAGAGUCCCCUGUAGAAUGCGGUAACAUUUUUGAAUGUGAGAAACAAAGUUCAUUUCAUACGCCGAUUCCGCAACCUCAUCCCUAUUUUCUCUUUUGCGACAAAAGUUACAAACCAAAUAUUGACCAAAAUCUUUGUCCCAAACACUGUACUUCAAGUGCUUCUCAACUUCCUGUGAUAGUAGUUAACAAGAGAUGCAUUUAUGCUGCUUGCGAUACUUUUGAGAUGUUUACUGACAAAGUGAUUCGAUACAUGCACGGCAAACGAGGCGACGACUCUGAUUUUGCAGACUACCGCGACUACAGGUACAGCGUUCCAGUAAAAUGUACCCAGUCCGAUCAAAUACAUGAGCUCAAAUUGGAGAGCUCAUUAUUGCAACUUUUGCAAAACGAAUGGACCAAUGUUAGAAAACUUUCACUAGAAUGUUGUAAAUGCAAAAUACCCUAUUGCUUCUGCAGUCGCCUGGACGCAUCGCCUUUGCCAAACAAUCCAGAACCCAGCACCGUGUCAUCUCAAACACUAAAAUCGUUACCUUCCGGUAAUAAAAUAGUUCUCCGUUCAGUUGAGUUAGAGCAUGAACGUCAGCCCAAAUGGGAGAGCUUUAUGGAGUAUGUCAAGUCUAAAAAGUGUAAAUGUUCUAAAAUGGCCAAAAAACAUUUGCAGGAGCAUUUACCUCCCUAUAUGAGACAGAUGUCAAUAUACGAAGCGCCAGAUUUACCGAAUUAUGAGAUAUGUGACUUGGAUACUUUGAGGAAGUUGGUGAAACGUGCUCAGGGCAAGCGCACCCCGCCGCCGGAACCAGAGAAGCCCGAGCCGAGAACCAGAGACGUGGAAACACAAUACUCUGACUUGAACUUGGAAUACCUUUGUACUUGCUUGUCCGAUGAAGAAGCAGAUAAUUUCUUGCAGACUUUCAUAAGAGAGUCGAAGUUGUUUGACUCGAACUUAACUAAGACUCGGUGCAAAGUAGUGAGCGCGUCUCUAACGCCGUCUUACUUAGGCCAAGAGACUCCUUCGUUUGCGACCAGAAGGGCGUAUUCCCUAAAAGACUUGUUGGACGAGUCACCGAAACUUGAAGAGAUAUUUAGAAAAAAAGAUUGUAAAUUUGAUUAA